AUGAUUCCGAGGAACAGGCCCGAGCCGACCGUGAGCGAGAUGUUUGGUCAGCUAGCUAUGGUCAACAAGAAGCUUGAAGAUUGGAUCGAAUCGACCAAAGCAACGACGAUGUAUAAGCGCUGCCUAGCCGCCUACGGGAAGAUGUGGAGCAAUAUCGACGACCUGGAUAAGCCGAUAAAUAGCGAACCGGUACUCGAAGCUACUGGACGCCUGUGUAAGGAUCUAAUCACAUGGGCGGAAAUAACCGGAGUAUGUUCGAAAGAGAACGUCUCUCUCGACUACGAAACUCGCGCAAGUUCCAAAUCGAGACGCCAGGUCUUAAAGCAUGUCUUGAGGCCACUCCUUAACAUCGAAACUGCGCUCAAAAUGAUGGCCGAAAUCGCGCAAGAAAAGGCCGACCCAAGAGAACUACUGGCCUCAAAACUAGACUUGGGAUCGGUCUCAGGAUCGGCCCGUGUCCCUACGACAGCAUACGAAGAUGAGAAGCAAAUAAACUCUUCACUUCGAUCAAAGCUUCCGAAAGGCAACCCUCUGCUACCUCGAUAUACGGGCCAUCGAACGAAACAAACAUACGAUAUGGCAGAAGCAACAGACCUGGAUCGCUAUAUUGCCGAAGCAACUACUGCUUCAACAUCAUCUGAUUCUGAUUUCGAUGCUGGGGAAAAGGAGCAGGACUUGGCCGUACGAAAAGUCCGUUUAUUUACUCGACAUCGUUUGGAAAUAUACAAAUACAACAUCCGAGAUCCUCUCAGACACGCCAGCAAGCGAUUCCAAGGUCGGAAACGUGCACCGAAGAUCAUUGAGACACAGUACUCACGUUUUCGAGGAUGGGCAAAAGACGCAAACGUGUACAAGUUCCCACCAAGAGCACAACAAAAGAGAUCAACAACCAUAAGGUGGCUGACACCAAAAGAAGACUACCGCAACCUUGAUCCACAAAAACAAAAAGCGGUCGACCAAUCUCUAAAAGAUAUGGACGAAGUCCUGAAGAGUAUGACCGAACUCGUCAGAGAGAAGCGGAAGUCCUCAAGAAGUAGAGCUCGUCAAGGCUGGCCCUUGAAGCUUGUGGAAAUCCCUGAGUUCCUCGUGGACUUCCGUGAACUGCAGUCAUUCAUUGAUAGAUUGGAGCGAUUGGUCAGCCUCGAUGAGCCUGGCACUCAGAUAAACACUUCAGCUUACACUAUCAAGACGGUGUAUGUAAGUUGCAUUACUGCAUACACCUCGGCCCUUGAGAGCAUCAGCAAACCAGAGGACCAGCAGGAGCAUGGAUUAUUCGAUCGUCUUUACCGGGAGCGUGAUUGCUUGGAAAAAUGGGCGAGGAAUGCCGGAGUACUUGAAGAAAAUGAGGCCUCUUUUGACCACAGACUUCGCGGGAGCCCUGAAUUACAGCACCAGAUCAUAGACAUACUCCUCCAAAUGGUAAAUACUGUGGCUUGGAUAGAGGCAAUUAAACAACAAACCGCCGUUUUCGAUGACGGUCUAUCGUUCUCAGAGUCAGACUCGAGAUCGGGCCCGCGAUCGCUCAAUUCAUCAGUACAACAAGACCAGACUUCACGGGCGGAGACAGAGCGCAAAGAGAGCCUGAAGUUACUCAAUGACAACAAUUGUUUUCUUUGGUAUAUUUGGUACUCAUUUCGAGAUAAUGAGGAGUUUGAGGAUGAAGUGCCCUCCAAAGGCUGGGCGCAUGACGAGAAUGCGGCUGCGCUUUUGCCUCCACGACGUGCCGCAGUGGUAGACCUCGCUAGAGAUCUUACCGAAAGUUGUAUCUGGCAAUAUUGGCAGAUCGUGUACCACUUCGAUGAACCUGAUGGUUGUUUCAAGAUAAGAGAGUUGCCACCUGGAAGUAGCUGGUGCAGAGACAACGAAGCAUUAAAAGAAUGGGCAAAGAAAGCAAGACUUCGUGGAUACCACAAGGACUCUCCAAAACGCAACAACCAAGAAGGUUUGGAGUAUGACUUCUGCAAUGCAAGAUUUGAGGACCAACUCUCAAUAAUCGAGUAUCUCAAGCAUAUGCAGUAUAGGCUAAUUCGUCUGCUCGAGGAGCGGCAGUCCAACGAUGGAACACAAGAAGACUUGCAUCCCAAUUUAUCGUCAACACCGAAAUCGUGGGGGACUGUGUGCAAUUUUGGACGGGAAAUUAAGACAUUGGAGCGAUUGAUUCAGCCAAGCAAUACCCCCAGCGGCCUGGAAGGCGAUGCUUGCCGUACUAUCGAAACAUAUCAUCAAACAUGCUUGGAAGCGUACGCAGUAGCUAUUGACCACCUGGACAGGGCUGAGGAAAGAACUAAGCAGAAAUUAUCAUCACCCGAAGCUAUUCAGCAUGAACUUCGCGAUCUAGAAAGCUGGGCUCUUGACACCGGACUUCUUUCGCAGGGUAAAUACUCUCUCGAGUACAGAUUGAUGUACACGAAGGGCAACAAAGCAUGCGAAGACGUUUGCCAAAAGCUCCGAAAGAUCGAAGCGAUGUUGCAGGAGAUGGUUCCAUUGAUUACGGGAGAGCGUAUCCCAGGGGAAGACCAGGAACUAUCAGACUCGGACACCGACUCGCAUUCCAACUCAGCGACAGAACUACAACAGUAUGUCAAUUCCCUUGCUAGCCGCAACGAGGAUUUGAAGGGAGUGACAGACGCGUACGGGCUUGGUAGUUGCACCAAACCGGUGUCGUCUCCGGAUGACACUCCAGCAUAUGGUCAGAGCCGUUACACGGAUCCUGUCACUGACGAACCUGUUAUCAUGAAGGGAUUGGAGGACUUGGAAAUAGGAACUAAGGAGGGCACGGCAUCCAUUUAA